AUGAUGUUCGAAGAUGUAACUGGAGAAGCUGAUGAGACUCAGUUAAAAGAGACAUUAAAACGUUAUGUGUCACGUUGCAUGUAUAUACAGAGAGCUUUGUAUAGGUUAUUUAGUUUCUCACAACAUAUGACAGAACCUAGAGAAGAUAUUAUCAGGUUGGUUAUUUCUGCAAUGAAGGCUCAUCCUAAACAGUUAGGUGUACAGAUGGCAGCCACAGCUUGUUUGUAUAAUUUAUCUAAGAGUGAACUCGGUCCUAAGAUUCACCCUAUGUGUUUAAGAGAUAUUGUUGAAUUAACUUUAAAAGCUUUGGAACAAUUCCCUAGUCACCAACAGCUACAGAAGAAUGCUUUGUUAACUUUAUGCAGUGAUAGAAUGUUACAAGAUGUGUCGUUCGAUCGUUACAAGUGUGCAAAACUAGUCAUGGGUUGUUUAUGUGCUUUUGAUGAUCCUAGUAUGAACCGAAUGUCUGUAGCUAUCUGUUCUAUUUUAGCUGCUAAAAUAUCUACAGAAGAAACUUCAGUACUCGGAGCAAAAUCUAGAUAUAUGAAGAAAUUACUUGGUCUGGUUAAACAAAAAGUAAAUACUAUCAGAUUUACACUCACAGUGGAUAAUCAGUUAAUUGAUAUUACUCUCAAAUUCACACUCAGUGCUCUAUGGAACCUCACAGAUGAGUCUCCUCCAACAUGUAGAGUUUUUCUUUCAGAAAAGGGCUUGGAACUGUUUAUGACAACAUUACAGGUUGUUGGAAAUCUAGAGACAGAGAAUCGAGUUCAGGUUGAAACUAAGAUAUUAGGAUUAUUGUCAGUUAUUAGAUGCUGAACAUAUUGAUGUAAGUUAUUUUGCUGCUGGUAUAGUAGCUCAUCUUGCCAGUGAUGGAGAAGAAACAUGGGUGAUAUCUGGUACAUUACGAAUAGAGGUCUUGGAAAAACUUGGUCAAGUAGUUUUAAACUGGGAACAACCACAGGGUGAAAUGGUAGCAUAUAGAUCAUUUAGUCCAUUCUUUCCCUUGUUAAUUUGUUAUGAUCUACCAUCAGUUCAACUGUGGGCAGUUUGGGCCAUAAAUCAUGUUUGUACUAAAAAUGAGAAACGAUAUUGUCCAUUAUUACAAGAAGAGGGAGGUGUGGAGAAACUACAAGCUCUACUAAAGAACGACACAACGCCAGAAGUACAAAAAAUAUCAAGGAAUAUUCUCGAACUUUUACACAAACAUGCCAAAAGCCAGUGAUAUAUUGUUUAAAAAAGAAUAUUAUACACCAGUCUGAUUUGUUCAGGGCCGAUGUUUUCUUUAUAUGUCAAUCUUGUUUUAAAAUUGGCCAACUGUGUAUGAACAACAGACAUACGGCCAUAUAAAAAAUAAUAUUCUCGUUCUCUGAUACUACUACACCACUUAAUACUGUCUUUACAACCGUUUUUUUUUAAAAUGUAAAAAAUAUAAACAUCUUUGGCUUUGAUUACAACUUCCCACUGUUAAGGGAAGUAACUCUGUUAGACAUGUCCAGUAGGCUGAAUUAUCAAGUACACAAACUUGCUAAAUGUUUGGUAAAUGUUAUUGACAAUCUUCUUUCAUGGAUGAUAAUUCUCCUGCUUACUAUAUCUAGUAAUGAGAAGGGAAUUACUCGUAUUAUACACCAUUUUGAUGGAAGGAGCAGUAUUCACAUUAGAAAUACAAAAUUUGUUCUUUCCUUCUGUAGAGAGAAAUAUUUACGGGUUUUAAAUAGAAACCUAUAUUUGAAGGAUUGUCUGAGAACCAGAAUUUUUUUGUAUGGCCUAAAUUCACUUUGUUAACAGAAGCUUAUGUUUAGACACUGGUUAAAAAUGUCUACAUUAAUCUAAAUGUUUACCAUUUCCUGAAAUAAGUUACAUUCAUAAAGCCAUAACUCCGCUGUAUUAAACCCCAUUUCUGUUGUAUUCACCUCCCUCCAUUGGAUAUUUUAGUCUCCUUACUAUGUUAAAUUCCCAAAAAUGAACAAAUUUGAAGGUCAAAUUCAUAUCUUCCUGCUUGUCACUAUAAGAAUGCACCAAGAGUUUUUCAGUAAAGACAUUUCUAGAAAGUUAGGAACGACUCUUCUUUAGGAACUAACCAUGUUUUUGGAAGAAUUUCAAAAAUCUAAUUCACCAAGUCAAUGCAGAAUAUUUUCCUAAGAACAAACAUGCCAAUUUUCAUGCCGAUCGGACUUGAAUUGAUGGAGUCUUAGGCUUUUUCGAAGAGUGUUACCCCCUCAAGUCUGGUCCCCCCCCCCCAAAAUACUCUUUUACUUGUUCAGAUAUGAAAAAUACUGACUGGAUUUCAAAGCUGCUUUGCAGUUUGAAAUGGAAGUAUUUGAAUAUGUGCAAAUACUGGCAAAUUUUAGUAUCUACUGCUGUUUAAUUUAUUUGACAUAAGAAUAUAAACUAGAAAUCCUAAGGAGUACUGACGUGUUUCGGUAUAUCAAGUCACGUCACACCAUGUCACUUCAACAUUCAAGUCACACCAUGAAUUAUUGAGUAUAGUAACAUCCAAUACCUAUUAAAGUGAAAAAAAACUGUCAUUUUGAACUCUUAAUAAAACCAGAAGUUAUACCAAACUUUUUUAUAUUAAUUGUUAGUAGACAUUAGGAUCAUCAUACAUACAAAGGUCAUAGAAAGGUUAGGUCACCAUCUAGAUGGUGAAAAGUCGAACAAACUUCAAAGUGAAAUCGGAAGUAAACAAAAUCGAAAUUCAAAAAUCGGCUCCCUAAAGAUUGUUGCGAUUUGGAAUAGGUUCAGUACAAAAAAAAAGUUUUCAAAAAUCGGAAUUAAAAUGGCAGCUGAAUAUCGAUUUGAAUGUUUUUUGUAAAAUCCAUUAUGGCGGCCAAUCAGUUGAAAAUGUUAUCUAACAAGGUCUUUGAACAUGAAGGAUAUUAUCUGGGGCUAACACCACCAUUUAUAUCAUUUUUUGUCUAUUUUUAAAAUGGAGAGAACUAUUCAUGUUCAGGAAAAAUCGGAAGGCAUGGUAAUUUCCAGAAGUUUCCAGAAGCCGUCACAAAAUUUUUUAAUAUGCUAUUUUGAAGGCAGAUGUGUUCCUUAUUCCUUAUUUCAACUUGAUACCUCAAAUAGUGAUGGAGAUACGCCAUCUUGAAUGUCGAAAAAAUGCUGAAGAAAACUUUCGCAAAUCUUUGAUGCUAAUAUUAAUCAAGCAAACUUCAGAAUAUCAAAAAAACGUCCAUCAGAGCCCAUAUGGGAUUCAUCCAAAGAAGAUCCGUUAGGAAAUAACUUAGAUAUGGGCAAUCUGAGAUUAUUAUUUGUUUCAUCCGUAAAACACUUCCUGUUCAUCAAAAAUGACCCAAUUUAUAUUAAAUAAAUAGACCCACGGAGGCCAACCACAUCUACGUUGGCGGAAUGUUUGCAUCAUGUACAGUUUUGGCUGCACAAAAACAGUCGAGACAGUCGAAACGCAUUAAUUUAUGUUUUUUGUUAAUUUGACAGUUAGUGUUAUUGUCUUGAAACUUGCUAUACUUUCUUUUUCCUGCCAUAUCAAGCUUUGUUUAAAGUGGCUGUUUUUCUUAAUUCACCCUAUGAUUGCUUCAUUAUAAGCUCAUUUGACUCCUAUCUUGUGCUGGAGGCACAGUAACUUAAUUAGUAAGAUGCUGGAUUUCUGUUUUCAGUGUUGACAGAGAAAGUUACUUAGGAUUUACCAUGUCAGUGGUGCAGGAUGGCGAGUCUGGCUAGGAAAAACUUCUAAUCAUUUGGAUGUUGAUGUGAAUGUAAAAUAAUUGUUGCCGUCCGAGCAAAAUGACCAUUCAAAGCACACUGCAUGGUAUCUACCCCUCUUUAUUAGCCACUUUAGUUCAUAAAAACCCAUUUGUCACCUGUUUAUAUGGUAUCAGUAAGUUUAAAAGUAAUGAAUGGGCACAUUUUAUAUUUAAUGAGUAUAGUAUGAUAUAGAUUACUUGUAAUAUCAUAACUUUGCAGUAGCUCAGAUAAACAGUGCAAUAAUAACUCAAUUGCUAAAAUAUUGCACAGUUAGGAUCCAAUGUUAAAUAUAAGCUAUUAGUGGCAGAUAUUAUGAUAAGUUAUAGUAGAAAGGUUAUUUGGAAAUAAGAAAUCAAAGGAUUGUUACUAUAUAGAUAGGUAUAUUUAAUUUGUUAUUUUUGAUGUAGUUUGUUAUUAAUAAUCUGUUUUGUUAUUAUUUAAGGUUUUUGUAUUCUAAGAAAAAUUUAUAUUUAUCUUAAAUUUAUAUGUCAAAGUGCUCUGUUUAAUAGUUUAAUAAUAUGAAAUAUGUUAUAUAGAUAUGAUAAGUAAAUACUGGUACAGCAACAAGAAUUUUUAUGUACUGGUGACAGUUCCACACAACCAUGUUUUUUGUACAGUACAUGGUUAUUUCAUCGGUUAGUGCAGUGUUGACAUAAAUAUGGGUAUGGUAGCUCCAAUGCAGCUCUUUUACUUACCUGAACUAUCACCUUCUCGAUUUAAAAAGCAUACUAUUACAACACAAAAAAGUGAAAUCAAAGAUUUGAUUAUUGAGAUACAUUCAUUUCCAAGGAUUGAGGAAAUCCAAAUUCUUUCUUGAAAUCUUGAGUUUAGGAUGUUACAAAUCAUUGUUUUCUUGUUAAAUUGUCAAAUUAAUUUAAUGUUAAAAACAAAUUGGAACUAUGACAAAUGGCAACUGUUUAUUACAAUAUAUCUUAUUGAGGUUUUUUCUCUAAAAAUAAUUAUUAACCUAUGAUUCAAUAGAUGUGUUUCUGACAAUUAGUUAAAUGUUUUUUUGGUUUUUUUUACUGGAUUGUUAUCAAAGUUUCCACUCAUCUAUAAGAAUUAUUAGGGUGGGGUAGUGCUAGUAGUGAACACUGUGGUACAUGUAUGUAUACAGUAGCGGUGGUGCUAGGAUUUUCACAAAUUCUCACCUAAAUGCACAAUUUGGGGUGUGCGCUUGAUAAGAAAGAAACAUAAACAACAAAAAUAAUUGCAUCUUGGGGUCGAACUAAAAGGGGGUAAAUCAGUUCAUGGAAUCUUGAUAUGACUAGCUUGGAAUGAAUAGUACGUACUUCACUAAAUUGCAAAUGGUGUUUGUCAGUUAGAUGGGGUUGGAUGUGUGUGUGAGAGGGGAGGUGUUGGGGGGGGGGGGGCAUUUGUUAGACAUUACCUUGAUGGUCAUUAAUAUAUCAUAUUUUAUUUAACUUUUACAACUAACAAUUUCAUAUUACAAUCUGCUCACAAUUGUGUGUCACUCUUUUCAUUCUAUCCUUUUCGUACACCAGUUUCUGUUAGAAGGAAAAUGAAUCAUACUAAUUUAGAACUCUAGAUAUAAUAAUUGAGAUACAAGCCAUAGAAAAUAGAUAUAUAUUAAUUUUCUUGAUAAGGUAUUAAUACCUCCUAAUUAUCCCUGCCGAACAUUAUGGUAUUUUAUUUUCUGAUUUAUUAGCUUAAUGUUUAACACACAGCAGCUGAUUGAGGUAGGCACAUGUUGUUGCACAAGCUUUACAGGGAUUAGCGACCGUACAUUGCCGAGGUACUGUAAUAAGAGUAUGCAUCUUUUGACUAGUCCCAUUGAUACUCCAAGAAGUUGUUUUUCCUUAUGCCUUCCAAACAAGUUCAAGGGCGUGGGAUGGAAAUGACUUGUCAUCUUGUUGAAAUUUAAACAAUCCUAACAAACAUAUCAGUAUUUCACGUCUAAGAAUAUGAUUGACUUAUUCAUAAAACCACAACAUGAUAGAAUCAACUUCCUCGAUCAAACUUAACUUACAGCCAUUUCUGUUGAUUUCAUAUACAUAAAGUAAUAAUAAUUGUGCCAUCUUUUUCGUACGAGACGGCUCGUGAAGGUUUUAUUAUACUAGGAUGUUCUUACUGUAAUAACAGUUUUUACAUUAAAAUAUACUGAGAUGCAAUGAAAACGCACCACUUUUAUGAAUGGAUGAUUGUAAUUCUUGUUUGUGAGAUAUACAUUAAUCUUGCAAUUCUUAAUGUAAUAUCUGAUUUCGAUGAUAACAUGUAAGAAUGUUUUUAUGAUGGUGUUAACACACCACACACCAGUCCUCAUAGGGUCUGGCGAUGAGUCUAAUGCUGUGGUUUGUUCUGGCAAGGAAUAGGGUUACCUGCCAAACUUCGUGGAUUUCCAUCCACAGCUUAAUACCUGUGACAAUAUGAAUUAUUGAAGUAAAAUUGUGCAAUAAUGUUUCGAAAUUACCUAGUUUGUGUUGUUGAGUGGACGUUUAACCAUAUUUCUCUCUCUCCUCGGCACUUUCAGUUUAAUCGGCGGUGCGUUUACUUUGGGUCUCAGACUAGUAUAUUUGAGAUAAUAUGUGCACGAUCUGGCAUAGAAGGCCUUUUAUUUUGAAUUUAGAACUAUAUAAUUGGUUAUUGAUUCAAGACAAAUUACUAACUUUUUAUUAUCUUGGACUGUUUAAUACAGUAUCAUUUAUAGACUAUAAUUAACAGGUUGUUCCCUACACGAAUAGAUAUUAUAUUAAAUGAUAUUAAUAAAAAAUUAGAUAGACUGAAUGAAUAAAAGUAUUAUGGAACUUGCCUAGAUUAUUUAUUGUAUAUUUAGAUAAGUUUAAAUAGGCAUUUAUUAUACAUGUAUUCUAUAAUGGAUUGUAAUGUUAUGUGUUAAACGGUUUAUAAAAUAUAUAUUGUUAUGUAUACCUGUUACACAUUGUUGUUUUCGUCCGUUCAGAAAAAAAUAGAUUUGUUUUAUUACAUUGAAUAUAAUAAGUGUUGGGUUUUAU